AUGGACGACGGAGACGCUACCGCGGCGGCGCGGGCAGACCUAGGUUGGGCAGUUCGCAUUGCAGUGAGCAGCUCAGCACGGAACGGACUAGUAGGAGUCGGCGGGGCCGUCGACCUCCCAGUGUCGGUACGGGGAGGACCGAAGGUUGAGCCAUUCUCCUUCACACUCGGCACGAGGAUGGAGCAGAACCCGUUCUCCGGAGAGCUGGCAGCCGUGGCAUGUGCGCUUCGGCGCCUGCCGGAGCUGCGGUACCGCAGCAUUGCACUCUUGACGAGCAACAAAGCAGCCGCCCUCACACUUCGCAACCCUCGCCAGCAGUCCGGCCAAGAGUAUGUUGGAUGCAUAUAUGACUCCAUCGAAGCACUCAGGCGCGACGGAAACAUGGUGGCGGUCGAGUGGAUACCUACCAGCGCUGGCAACAGGCUUCUGCAGAGUGCCAAGGCGCAGGCGCGUGAUGCCAUCAGGGAAGGCGCCAUACCGUCGCUGAAAUUCCCAAGAGUGCGAUCGACGACGCUUAGUGUGGCUCGAUCGAAUGAAUCACUGCAUCGUUAA